GCUUUAGUCAAUCCAAUCAGUCAGUCAGUGUGAAACGGACAGUCGCUUGGGAGAUUUCGAAUACAGUUUUGUCAUUUUAUCACAACAGUUCACAAUUAAAACAGAAAAUGAUGAAGCUUUUCGACAACAUCAACGAAGAUGUCUACCGGGCGUACGUUUUCUGGUCGGCGAUUUUGGUGGGCAAAAUGCUGGUGAUGUCAGUCCUGACCGGAUUGCAACGUUUCCGAAAGAAGGCUUUUGUAAAUCCAGAGGACAUCGCUUCCAACCCGAAGCUGAAGCUUAAAUUUGACGACCCCGACGUGGAACGUGUCCGCAGGGCUCACCGCAACGACUUGGAAAACAUCCUUCCGUACUUCGUGAUUGCUUUCUUCUACAUUCUAACCAAUCCGGACGCUUUCAUCGCGGUAAACAUUUUCCGUGCGGUCGCUGUGGCCCGGAUUAUGCAUACCCUGGUGUACACCGUGAUGGUCAUCCCGCAGCCAGCUCGGGCCAUUGCCUGGCUGGUGCCGUACGCUGCCAGUUUUUACAUGACCUUCAAGACCGUGCUGUACUUCCUGUAGGCGCGUGUUGGAAUUUUAGGGUGCAGGGUUAAGGUGCCAUUUCUUAUAAUGCACGCACAAACACACACAUGUCACUCAGGAAGAUUGUGUUUUUUAUUUUCAAUUCCAUUUCGUAGGCUUCAUGUUUUUACACAAAAUCGAAGAAACGUCCAUCAAUGCUGAAUGUGGUGUUGAAUAAAUUGAUUAAGCUAA